GUGGUGGUGAAAGACAAUUAGAAGCCGGCUUAAGACAGCGAGCGAGAUCCAGCGGCAGUGGAGACUGGUACGAGUGUGAUAGCCGGGACAAAAGCAAGCACCAACCAAGCAAGAAUGGAUGGAUGAACAUGAACCAAUCAAUGCCUCCACCCACCAAAUGGCGCUAAAUCCAAGCUAUACACUACUACACAGAUCGACGCUGUUUCUUUAACCGGCGCGCGCUGGGCUGGGGCGGUGAGCUACUAGCUCGGGCUCCCCGUGCGCCCACCGCGCGCGCUCCACUCACUUCCUCUUCUUCACCCCACCACCACCACCACCACCACUCGGUUUGGGUCGCAUUCAUAUCGCUUACUCCGCACUCCACUCGAGAAUGCAGCAGCAGCAGCAGACGGCGCGGCGGCGGCGGAGCCCGGGCGGCGGGGAGUGGGAGGGGGCGGGCACGGUGGACGAGGCCUCCAUGGAGCGCAGCAAGAGCUUCGUCAAGGCCCUGCAGGAGCUCAAGAACCUGCGCCCGCAGCUCUACUCCGCCUCCGAGUACUGCGAGAAGUCCUACCUCAACACCCACCAGAAGCAGAUGGUGCUGGACAACCUGAAAGACUACGCGGUGCGGGCGGUUGUCAACGCCGUCGACCACCUAGGCACGGUGGCCUACAAGCUGACGGACCUGUUCGAGCAGCAGGCGUCCGAGAUCUCGACAUUCGAGCUCAAGCUUGCGCGCUUGAACCAGCAAGUCUUCACCUGCCAAGUCUAUGUGGACAAAGAAGGGUCUAGGCAGCAGCAAAUGAUGGGGGCGAGCAUGAAACACCACAAGCACUACAUCCUACCCUCUACGGGUUAUAAGAGAACUCAGGCUGUCGUGCACCUGGGAACAGACACUAAUCAGGAAUCACAGCCUAGACCUUACCCCUCAGCAAAGACACUUUCCUGGCAUCUGGCAUCAGACAAUAGCCCUUCAGCAGAUGGAGCAAACAAACCUACAUUCAUCCUAGACGACACGAUAUCGUCCAAACCCGCAUCGGAUGGUUUGCAUCUUCUUGGUAAGGAGUUGCCUGGUUCUCCCAUGCGCAGGCCUCUGCAACUGAACAGGAAUACCAAACCUGACGUUAUACAAAAGGCUGGCACAAAGGAUCAGACAGGUGUCAAGCAUAUGUCGACGUUUAGUUCUUUCGACAGGCCUACAGGGCGUGAAAUCCAGAAGGCUCCUGCCAACACUAAGAGCGUGCUAGCAUCUCUGUUUAUGAAACACAAGUCGGCAAAGAUGAAAAGUAUCUCAGCCCGAUGAUCCUCUGUUGAUGUAAAUGAAGUUUGUUGUAAUAAUCAGUACAAGCUAAGUAAAAUGCAGUUGUAUCUCUUUAAGAUGACAGGUCAUAAUAUCUCUUAUCUAUAUAAUAUGUGUGUGCUGAUUCGAA